UCUAAAGCUGUUCUGCUCAAGUGCGGGACUUGCAACCAAGGUGAUAUCAACUGCCUUAAGGACUCCCUGAAUUUCGCUUCAGUUUUUCGCUGAUUGGAAAAGGGUAUAAAAUCAAACCAGAACCAUGUUUGAUCCGGAGGACCCCGAUUUUCAGUACCUUGCGGUCGACCGCAAGAAGUUGAUGAAGGAGCAGACCCAGACCUUCGAUGGUAAGAAAAUGUGCUGGAUCCCAGAUGAGAAAGAGGGAUACUUAGCCGGAGAAAUCCAGAGCACCAAAGGCGAAGAGGUCACAGUAAAGAUUAUCAAGAACAAUGACACAAGGACAGUGAAGAAGGACCUCGUUGAGCAGAUGAACCCACCCAAAUAUGAGAAGAUCGAAGACAUGGCUUCCUUGACAUACUUGAACGAGGCUAGUGUCCUCAACAACUUGAGAUCACGUUACGAAGCCGGUUACAUCUAUACAUACUCGGGUCUUUUCUGUGUUGCUAUCAACCCCUACAGAUGGUUGCCAAUUUACACCAAAAGCAUUGUGGAAAAAUACCGUGGCAAAAGAAGAAACGAGAUGCCCCCGCAUUUGUUCUCCAUUUCUGACAAUGCUUACCAGUAUAUGUUGCAAGAUCGUGAAAACCAGUCUAUGUUGAUUACCGGCGAAUCUGGAGCAGGUAAGACUGAAAACACGAAGAAGGUAAUCCAGUAUUUUGCCAGCGUGGCUGCCGGGUCAAGUGGCAAAAAGGAGGAUGAGCAAGAGCAGAGCAAGAAGUCUAAAGGUACACUUGAAGAUCAAAUUGUUCAAGCUAACCCUGUAUUGGAAGCGUACGGUAACGCCAAAACCACCAGGAACAACAACUCUUCCAGAUUCGGUAAGUUCAUCCGUAUCCACUUCGGUACCCAAGGUAAAAUAGCCGGUGCCGACAUUGAGACAUAUCUGUUGGAGAAAUCCCGUGUGACUUUCCAGCAGCCUGCUGAGAGGAACUACCACAUCUUCUACCAGAUGUUGUCUAAUGCGAUUCCAGCUGUUGUUGAGAAGGUCCUGAUGAGCGCCGACCCAGCUCUUUAUUUCUUCAUCAACCAGGGUAGCAUUGUCGUUGACAAUAUGGACGACAAAGAGGAAAUGAAGACUACCGACAAUGCCUUCGACGUUCUGGGCUUUACCGAGGAAGAGAAGAACAGUAUGUACAAAUGUACCGGUGCCAUUGUUCACUUUGGUGAGAUGAAGUUCAAGCAGAGGCCCAGAGAGGAGCAGGCUGAAGCUGACGGCACUGCGGAGGCCGAGAAAGUUGCCUUCUUGAUGGGUGUGAAUGCUGGCGACUUGCUGAAGGGUUUGCUGAAGCCCAAGAUCAAGGUCGGUAAUGAGUACGUCACCCAAGGGCGUACCAAGGACCAGGUUGUGUACUCCGUGGCCGCUCUCGCCAAGGCCACCUACGAUCGUAUGUUCAAGUGGCUCGUCAUGAGAGUUAACAAGACUCUGGACACCAAGAACAAGAGGCAGUUCUUUAUCGGCGUACUGGAUAUCGCCGGAUUUGAGAUCUUCGACUACAACAGCUUCGAACAGUUGUGUAUUAAUUACACUAACGAGAGGUUGCAGCAGUUCUUCAACCAUCACAUGUUUAUUCUGGAACAAGAAGAGUACAAGCGAGAAGGCAUUCAGUGGACUUUUAUUGAUUUCGGUCUAGAUUUGCAAGCCUGCAUUGAUCUCAUUGAAAAGCCCAUGGGUAUCCUUUCCAUUCUGGAAGAAGAGUGCAUGUUCCCCAAGGCCAGUGACUUGACCUUCAAGAACAAACUGUACGACAACCACAUGGGAAAAUCCCCCAACUUUGGUAAACCCAAGCCAAGCAAAGGAAAGGCGGAGGCCCACUUCGAGCUUCACCACUAUGCUGGAUCUGUACCUUACAGCAUUAACGGCUGGCUGGACAAAAACAAGGAUCCCCUGAACGAGACUGUCAUUGAGAUCCUGCAGAAUUCCAAGGAGCACUUGGUCUCUUACCUCUUCUCACCACCAGAGGAAACCCCCGGCGUGCCAGUCAAGAAGAAGAAGAGUAGCUCUUUCCAGACUAUCUCAUCCACCCACAAGGAGUCACUCAACAGGCUUAUGAAAAAUCUGUACAGCACACAUCCUCACUUUGUGCGUUGUAUCAUUCCCAAUGAGUUCAAACGACCAGGGGAGAUUGAUGCCCACUUGGUUAUGCACCAGCUGCGUUGUAACGGUGUACUGGAAGGUAUCCGUAUCUGUCGUAAAGGAUUCCCCAACAGAAUCAUCUACUCUGAGUUCAAGCAGAGAUACUCCAUCUUGGCCCCCAAUGCUAUUCCGGAAGGAUUCGUCGAUGGCAAAGUUGUGACCGGUAAGAUUCUGGAGGCUCUUCAGAUGGACGAAAAUGAAUACCGUCUGGGUAUCACCAAGGUCUUCUUUAAGGCUGGUGUCCUGGGUAUGCUUGAGGAUAUGCGUGACGAACGUCUUGGUAAAAUUAUCUCCAUGUUCCAGGCUCAGAUCCGUGGUUACAUCAUGAGGAGAAACUACAAGAAACUCCAGGACCAGAGAGUUGGCCUGUCCAUUAUUCAGCGUAACAUCAGAAAAUGGCUGCAACUCCGCAACUGGCUUUGGUGGAGGCUGUACACAAAGGUCAAGCCUUUGUUGAACAUCGCUCGUGCUGAAGAUGAGAUGAAGAAGAAGGAAGAGGAGUUGGCCAAGACUAAGGAAGAGCUGGAGAAAUCCGAGAAGAUGAAGAAAGAAUUGGAGGAACAGAACGUCACCCUUCUGCAACAGAAGAACGAUCUUUUCCUGCAGCUCCAGGCAGAGCUGGAUAACUUGGGCGACCAUGAAGAGAAGAUUGAAAAACUCAUCAAACAGAAGGCGGACUUCGAGCAGCAGUUGAAGGAGAUGGAGGAACGUCUGAUGGACGAGGAAGAUGCUACGGCUGAAUUGGAGGCAGUUAAAAAGAAGAUGGAAACAGAGAACAGCGAAUUGAAGAAAGACGUUGAAGACUUAGAAUCUUCUCUUGCUAAGGCUGAACAAGAGAAAACUACAAAAGAUAACCAAAUCAAAACUCUUCAAGAUGAGAUGGCACAGCAAGAUGAGCAAAUCUCCAAACUAUCCAAAGACAAGAAGGCACUUGAGGAGGCCCAGAAGAAAACUCUUGACGAUCUUCAGGCGGAGGAAGACAAAGUUAACCACUUAAACAAACUCAAAAAUAAACUUGAACAGACUCUUGAUGAGCUGGAAGAUAACUUAGAAAGAGAGAAGAAGGUUAGAGGAGAUGUCGAGAAGGCUAAACGUAAGCUGGAACAGGACCUUAAAGCUACUCAGGAAAAUGUUGAAGAUUUGGAAAGAGCCAAGCGUGAGCUAGAGGAGAACAACAGAAGGAAAGGUAUGGAAAUCAACGGUCUCCAGUCCAAACUUGAAGAUGAACAGAACCUUGUUGCGCAACUUCAGAGAAAGAUCAAGGAGCUCCAGGCCAGAAUCGAAGAACUUGAAGAGGAAUUGGAAGCCGAGCGAGCUGCCAGAUCAAAGGUUGAGAAACAGCGAGCUGAAGCCAACCGUGAACUGGAGGAGCUCGGCGAACGCUUGGAUGAGGCCGGCGGUGCUACUGCAGCUCAGAUGGAUCUGAACAAGAAACGCGAACAGGAACUGUUGAAACUGCGUCGUGAUUUGGAGGAGAGCACACUGCAGCAUGAGGCCCAGGUCGCCGCUCUGCGCAAGAAGCAGACCGAUGCUCAGAACGAGAUGUCCGACCAAAUCGAUCAGCUUCAGAAGGUGAAAUCCAGGUUGGAGAAGGAGAAAUCUCAGCUGAAGGCUGAGGUCGAUGACCUCCACGCCCAGGUUGAACAUGUUUCAAAGAACAGGGGUAUGUCUGAGAAAAUGAGCAAACAGGUUGAGGGUCAGAUGUCAGAACUGAAUGCCAAGAUUGAAGAACAGCAGAGGACAAUCAGUGACCUGAACAACCAGAAGGGCAAGCUCCAGAACGAGGCUGCUGAUUUGUCCCGCCAGCUGGAGGAGGCUGAGCACCAGAUCGGUCAGCUCCAGAAGCAGAGGCAACAAAUCCAGAACCAACUGGAAGAGGCUAAGCGCAGUCUUGAGGACGAGACAAGAGCAAGAAGCAAGGCCCAGAGUGAGAUCCGUAACUUGAACUCUGACAUCGAGUCCCUACGCGAGCAGCUUGAGGAAGAACAGGAGGGCAAGUCCGAUCUUCAACGUCAACUCUCCAAGGCCAACAGCGAAGUCCAGAUCUGGAGGACCAAGUUCGAGGGCGAGGGUACUGCAAGAGCCGAAGAGCUUGAGGAGGCCAAACGCAAACUUCAGAACCGUGUCAGCGAGAUGGAGCAACUUGUCGAGGCAGCCAAUGCCAAGGUGAGCGGCUUGGAGAAGGCCAAGGCUCGUCUGCAAGGCGAACUCGAGGAUGCUACCAUUGACGUGGAGAGGGCAAAUGCUAACGCCAAUGCUCUUGAAAAGAAACAGCGCUCUUUCGAUAAGACGAUCCAGGAGUGGCAGUCCAAGGUCAACGACUUACAAAGCGAAUUGGAAAACGCCCAGAAGGAGGCCCGUAGCUACUCCGCUGAACUCUUCCGUAUGAAGGGUCAGUUCGACGAGUCUCACGAUACCAUUGAGGCCCUGAGAAGGGAGAACAAGAACCUGUCCGAGGAAAUCCACGAUCUCACAGAGCAGCUCAGCGAAGGUGGUCGCAGCGUACAUGAGGUGGAGAAGGCCCGCAAACGCCUUGAGCUGGAGAAAGAGGAGCUUCAGUCCGCCCUCGAGGAGGCCGAGGCUGCUCUCGAACAGGAGGAAGCCAAGGUGAUGAGAGCUCAGCUGGAGAUCUCCCAGAUCCGUUCCGAUAUCGACAGGAGACUGCAGGAGAAGGAAGAGGAAUUCGAAAACACUCGUCGCAACCAUGCACGUGCCAUGGAAUCCAUGCAGGCUAGCUUGGAGGCCGAAUCCAAGGGUAAGAUCGAUGCCAUGAAGGUGAAGAAGAAGCUUGAACAGGACAUAAACGAGCUGGAAAUCGCUCUGGAUGCCGCCAACAGAGGCAAGGCUGAACUUGACAAGAACAUCAAGAAAUUCCAGCAACAAAUCAGGGAGCAACAAUCUCAGAUCGAGGAUGAACAGCGCCAGCGCGAUGAUGCUCGUGAACAGUAUAAUAUGGCCGAGAGACGCUGCAACAUGAUCGCUGGUGAAGUAGAGGAGUUAAGGACACAGCUCGAAUCUGCAGAUAGAGCCAGAAAGGCCGCUGAGAUGGAAUUGUCCGAGGCCAAUGACAGAGUGAACGAACUCCAAGCCCAGACCACAUCUCUGUCUGGUCAGAAGAGGAAGUUGGAGGGAGAUGUUACAGCUAUGCAGUCUGAUCUGGAUGAACUGUCCAAUGAGGCCAGGAACGCUGAUGACCGUGCCAAGAAAGCCAUGGCCGAUGCUGCACGUUUGGCUGAUGAACUCCGCCAGGAACAGGACCACGCCUUGUCCAUUGAGAAAAUGCGCAAGGGUCUGGAAAGCCAGGUCAAGGAACUGCAGGUCAGGUUAGACGAGGCCGAGGCACAGGCCCUUAAGGGAGGCGCCAAGAUUAUUGCCAAGCUGGAACAGAGAGUUCGUGAAUUGGAGUCUGAGCUGGAUUCAGAACAGCGUCGCCAUGCUGACACCCAGAAGAACAUGCGCAAGGCUGACCGUCGCCUGAAGGAACUGGCCUUCCAGUCUGACGAAGACAGGAAGAACCAGGAGCGAACACAGGACCUUAUCGACAAACUACAACAGAAGAUCAAGACAUACAAACGCCAAGUCGAGGAGGCUGAGGAAAUUGCUGCCGUUAACCUGGCCAAAUUCCGCAAAGUUCAACAUGAGUUGGAAGACGCAGAGGAGCGAGCCGAUCAGGCUGAGACGUCUCUGCAGAAACUGCGCGCCAAGAACCGUAGCUCUGUGUCAAGCGCCCGCGUGUCUAGUGCUAGCCCUGGUUCUACCAGUUCCGCUGUGCCACGAGCAAUGAGCCGUGAAAGAGCUGGCUCACAGCAAGCGUCAUAAUCCUCGAGGAUCGAUCGUUUCAACGCGCAGGAAGUUACACGGCGUAUAACUAUGGAUCAGGAUCUGGCUUGAAUUCAUCUUUCCGCUCCACCUCGUCCAAUGGGGGAGAGGAGGAAUACUGAAACCCAAACCUACCAGAACUCGGGUGGUGGUGUGAUGUUUGCUACUUCUAGCUUCUUAGACGUUUACCCUUUUUGUUUAGGAAUCUUCAAGAUGGCGAACUACUUCUGUGUUAACUAUUGUUUCUUCACACACCGUUGAACUGAAAAAAAAACCUUGUUACAUUUUCAUGGAUUUUUGUUUUCUUGAAAUGCGUUUUCAUUGAAAAAUAUCAGAAACCUUCGGUAUGUAACGUGGAAAGGAACAACUAGGAGAGAAAUAAAACUGUAAUUAUGUUUGUCAAUGUGUAAUAUUGGUGAUCAUGUCUUAAGUUUCGAGUGGUAUGUGAUUCAGUGUUGUUUAUGACGUCAUGGCAAGGCGGAACCAAUCAGAGCCAACCUCAGGCUCUGGCAACCAUUGGAGAACAAGAGGAACAUUGCCAUAUAUCGGGAAUGCCGCACGAUGUUUUCCCGCUGGAAGUGUGCUAAUAUGAUGCAAUCUAUAACUUAUACUAUGUGCAAAAGUUUAUAUCAUUUCGUCUUCUUGAUACAUACCGAGAGGCGUAGGUUGUUAUAUUGUGAACUGUAAUUUAAAUAAGUAUACGUUAUUUUGUAGCCCCUUUUGGGCUGACUCGUAUUUAUUGUGUAUCAGAGAAUUGCCUUGUACCAGAUCCCUCAUUGGACAGCGCCGCGGAAACCGAUUCUUUAGUGUUAAAUCCAUGCACCGGGAUUGUUUCUGCUGUGCUUUAAGGUUCAAACAUACCAAGGCCAUGUUGAAUGGAAGACCAGUCAGGAAUAAAAGAAGCCAUUUCUAUGCAACACACGAUA